AUGUUUUCAACAAAAAAAGAUUUUGCUCUCUUAGCUCGACAAAUUUCUUUGCCAACUCGCGAGACUACUAAGGAAAAUUCUGCUCCAUUUCUUGUUGAUAUUUAUCAAGUACGUUUAUGGAAACUAAUUCAUUCACCUGAACAAACUGAUUUAGAUGAUAUUGCACAAGAAUUUCAAUGUAAUUCACAAGAAUUACUUCAUACAUUAGUUGCUUUAUAUGAUAAAUGUUUAUCGGAAAUUGGUGGUGAGACAAUUUAUAGUACAAUAUGUGAACGAAAAGUUGUUUCAGUACUUAUUGUAUAUAAUAAUCCAGAAGUUGUAAUAAAACAAGGAACUGUCAGUAAUCUUGUCACCGAUGAAAAAGAUUGUCUUGAUACAUUACUUGAAAAUAUAGAAGAACCAGAUAGUGUUUUUCAUGAUGUUUUUUCAGAUGCAUCAUCAAGUGAAAGUUCUGAAGAAGAAGAUGAAGAUGGUGAUGAAGAUGAAGAUGAUGAACACGAUUAUUCGAUUGGUGUUGGAAAAUUUUUAAAAAAAGUGAAAGCUGAAAAACUUAAUCUUCAUAAACGUCUUAUUGGUAGUUUGAGUUUUCAAAAAAUAACCAUGUUUCCAACACCAGCACACGAAGAACAUGUCUUAGAUCUUUUAUUAUUAGCUUGUCGAAAAAAGUAUCGUGGUCGUGGAAUAGGUCGAUAUUUAAUGAAAUUAUUAAUGAAUCGAGAUUAUAUUGGCGAUUAUGAUGCUAUUAUAACAGCAUCCGAUCAGGGUGCCAUUAAUUUUUAUCGAAAAUUUGGUUUUACUGAAGAUGCGAUUUUAUUAAGCAAAUACAAAGAUAUUGGAGAUUGUUGGACAAAUACAACAAAAAUGUGUUAUUUACCACCGUACAAUGUUAUAAAUGAAGAUCCUAUUCGAUGUUUAACUAUGAUGGAUGAUCAAUUUCAAAAAUGGCAAAAAAGUAUGUUUCAUGGUUAUCAAAAUCAAGCUGCUUUAUUUCAACGAUUAAAACAUGAAAUGAUUGGUUUAUAUGCAAAAAUAAAUGCACAAGAUCAAACAAUUGUUUCUUUAAAUCGUGAACGAUUUUUACUUGCAAAAGAAAAUGCUGCAUUCAGUAAUUUAUUUUGUCAAACAUAUUGUCUUUCAUUUGAACUUUGA